AUGGGCAAGCACGGCAAGGCCCUCAAGAAACGCCGACUCGAGCAACAAGCCGCCCACGCUACCCUCGCCUCGCCCGACUCGGCCGACGACGACCACGCCAACGUCGACUCGUCUGCUCGCGACUUUCUCGGCGGCCUCGUCAGCCCCGCCGAGCUCGCCUACGCCGUCAAGACGCUCGACACGCUCGUCAAGCAUCCCGACCUCCUCGCCGACAAGCACAACACGCCUCACCUGCGCCCGCUGCGCCGCGCCGUGUUUGACUUUCAGCGCACCGCCGCCGACCUCGCCGGAACCGGCAACUCGCUCUCGUCGCGCAUCUCGGCCGCCCUCACCCACCACCGCCACGUCGACGCCCUCGUCCUCCUCGCCGAGCUCCGCAUCCGCGACCAGCACCCCAAGCUCGGCGCACUCCAGCGUUGGGUGCGCGACUGUGAUGCCGCCUCGAGGUCCGACGGCUCAUUCGGCGACGACAUGGUCCUGCGCGUCCUCGACGCCGUCCUGCGCUGCACCAACGGCGAGCCCCGACCCGGCGACGACGACGGCCUCGUGCGCGGUACCGUGGGCCAGGUCGUCGUACGCCAACACGAGUGGAUCCACCGCAAACCCGCAGACGAGGGCAUCUACCGCGACAUCGUCGCCGGCCGCUUCCCUCCACCCGCCGAACGUGACGCACUCGCGUCGCAGUUCUCGCUCCUCCACACCGUCCCUGCCGCCGACCGCCUCCCGCCCAACCUCCACCCGGCCCUCCUCUUCUCGUCCUCGCCCGGCGCCAUCCGGCUCUCGCCGUCGCCGCCCACGCCCGUCGAGCGUCUCGACGUGCCGCAUGUCCCCGGCGCCUUCCUCCUCACCAACGUCCUGUCGCCCGCCGAGUGCCGCAGCAUCCUCGCGCACGCCGAGGCCGUCGGGUUCCGCCCCGACCAGCCCGUCGACGGCGACCAGAGCGUCCUCGCGCACAACUUGUACUGGCUCGCCGACAAGCCGUUCCUCGACACGUUCUGCGCCAGGUUCCUCCACCUGUGCCCCCAGCUCAUCGACGGCAAGAGGGUGCGCGGCAUCAACGCCCGCUUCCGGGUGUACCGCUACGUCCCUGGCGCCAUCUACCGCCCGCACAUCGACGGCGCGUGGCCGGCGAGCGGCGUCGACCCCGAAACGGGCGAGUACCUGUACGACUCGUCGCCCCACGACAAGCCGCAGUGGUCGAGGUUGACCUUCCUCAUCUACCUCAACGACUCGUUCCUCAAUGGCUGCACGACCUUCUUCCUCCCCUCGUCGCGCCCGUCGACGCUCAACGCCUUUCCCGUCAAGCCGUCGCAGGGCUGCGCCCUCGUCUUCCCGCACGGCGACUCGCGCGGCUCGCUCCUGCACGAGGGCAGCCCGGUCGGCGAGGGCGGCGCCAAGUACGUCAUCCGCACCGAGGUCCUGUACGACGCGUACGAGCAGGUGCCCGAGGGCGUCGUUGGCGGCAAGGAGGGCGAGAAGGACGAGGGCGUCGAGGUCUGAGCGGGCGAGUCUUGGUCGGGCUCGGU